AAUUAACUGAUUCCGGUACAGCCGGUUACCACAGGGUUACAGCCUCUCCAGGAGCGGUGGAGUCACAACACCGGACUGACAGCAGCUUUCAGGGAAAGAUGGCGACCCGAGUCCUUCAAAGAGUGGGCAGCGGCCUUAAACAGACCAAAAAUGGGCUUAAUGCGAACGGACAAGUCACUGUUGUCAUAAGGAGCCUCUCAGCUUUCCGUGAAGAUAGCUGGUUCAAGUCCCUCUUUGUUAGAAAGGUUGAUCCCAGAAAAGAUGCUCACUCCCAUCUACUUGCCAAGAAGGAAGACAACAAUCUGUACAAAAUACAAUUUCACAAUGUCAAGCCUGAGUGCCUUGAUGCUUACAAUGGACUUUGGUAGAAACAUCUCCUCCGUUUUGUGCCUUCAAUUCAUGCUGACCCUGAGUACCCUUGUGAGCUUGUUGGUACCUGGAACACAUGGUACGGAGAGCAGGAUCAGGCAGUUCACCUGUGGAGAUAUCGGGGAGGAUACCCGGCUCUCACCGAAGUCAUGAACAAACUCAGGCAGAAUAAGGUGUUUAUGGACUACAGAAAAAAGAGGGGCACGAUGCUGCUGUCUCGUAGGAACCAGCUGCUGCUGGAGUUCAGCUUCUGGAAUGAACCAGUUCCUCGUCCAGGACCCAACAUCUACGAGCUCCGAUCAUACCAGCUCAGACCUGGAACAAUGAUUGAGUGGGGAAAUUACUGGGCACGUGCUAUUGACAUUCGCCAGCAGAACCAGGAGGCAGUGGGGGGUUUUUUCUCCCAGAUUGGAAGUCUGUACACGGUUCAUCACCUAUGGGCUUACAAAGAUCUUCAGUCCAGAGAAAACAUUAGAAACGCAGCCUGGCAGCGUGAAGGCUGGGAUGAGGUGGUUUAUUACACAGUCCCUCUUAUUCAGCACAUGGAAUCAAGAAUAAUGAUCCCCAUGAAGACUUCGCCCUUGAAGUAACCACCACCACCGGAGAAGGGGGACCCAAACAAACUCUCAACAGCCACAACAACUAUCACACUGAUCUGUAGAGAGUGUAACCAACCAUGGGAGUGUGCACUGCCAGUGAUAUCAGCGUGACAUCAGCAUGUCAUUUUUGGGUUUUCUUUUCAGUUUUUCCUUUGUUCUUUAUCUUUGCCGCCCUAGAAUGUCUUAUUUCACCAUGGAUAUCAUCACAACUAUAUCUGUUACAGCAGUUCAAAUGUUACUGAUCCAGAAAUGGGCUGUGUGUAGAAGAAAUAUUUGACAAGCUCCCUCUUCAUUGUCUUUAUCUUUCUAAGAGUCAGAUUUGUGAGGCUUGUUGGUUUAUGAUGUAAUAAUAGUGUGUUUGAGAUACCAGGAAACAAUGCGGAUCAAACUUUUCCAUUCACGGGGGACUGAAAAUGUCUUACUUAUUAUAAAUUCUGUUACAAAACAACCUGGUGUGACUCUUAAGCCCUAUUGCACUAAUAACAAAUCUCAAUGAUCUGUUCCCUUUAGCGCCUCUCAGUGGAGGGGUUUACUGAUGAAUAAGCUUCUUCAAAUUGUCAAAUGUUUCAGAUGAUGGUCAGUUUCACAAGUAGAACCAUGCUGUUUCCAAAUCAAACACAGCAUGAAGUUGACUUGUGUUUUAAUGCCACAGUCAGAUUAUAGCUUUAUUUAAAGUAAAAUAUCAGCUAGUAUCCAUUUAUUGUAGAAAACUAGACUUUAUGUUUACAUGAUCCUAAUCCAGCCAGCCCAUUACGUCCCGUCUUUAGGUUUUAGGAUCAGUUGAAUGAAUGAAAAGUGUCACAGCACUGUUUGGAUGCACAUACGCUAAAUUUCAUGUGUUUCAGGUGUACAGAUCAGCUUUGAUAUUGAUUCCCACAAGACCUAUAAAUAUAGUGUCCUGAAUCCUCUGUUUCCCUGACCACAUGUCAAUACUUUUUUUUUUUUAACAUCAUGACACAUCUGGCUCUUCCAGCUGUGUAGAGGGGAUAAGAUGGAUCAAAUGUUUUAGGAUUUUUUUUUUUUUUCUCAGAGGAACUUUUCAGUAUCUAGAAACUGCUGUACACUGACUGGUUUGGUCUAUCCCUGCAUCAUACAACUAAUGCCAACUGGGUGAUUGAGUGCUCUGACUGAGAUUAUUGGUUUUUUUAAUGGUCAGACUGUAGAUGUACAGUAGUGAUUUACUGGCCACGCCGGUGUUAUGGUCAGGUGUCUAUCUGUAAAUGAAAUGGGGUAUUCUGUAACUGUCAUUUGAUGAUAAACAGAUGGGGCAGGAUUAAAUUCUCAAAUGUGUUAAAUGUGAAAUGCAGUGCUUUAAUAAGAUUAGUUGUACAUAUUGAAUUAAACUUCUGAUAAAAAUGAA